AUGCGCGACUCAACUUCCUACCAGUACGAUCUGGGUUCUUACCAUCGCAAGAUUAGCACAUCCAGCCCAGCUUCGCAAAUAUGGUUCGAUCGCGGUUUGGUCUGGUGCUACGCCUUUCACCAUGAAGAGUCAGCCCGAUGCUUUGAACGAGCUAUCAGCGAAGACUCGAAUUGCGCGAUAGCUUAUUGGGGUCUCGCGUUCGCCCUCGGACCGAAUUACAACAAGCCUUGGGACUUGUUUGACGAGAAAGAACUCAAGGCCACACUAGGAAAGAUAAAUGAAGCGAACAAAAAGGCCGAACUACAUGCAUCCAGUGCGUCGGAUCUGGAAAGAGCCCUAAUCGACGCCGUCCAAGUGCGCGUGCCGAAAGGUCUAGAUGAAGCUGCGUUCCAAGCAUGUAACGAAGAGUAUGCCAAAGCUAUGGAGGGUGUUUACAAGCGUUUCUCUGACGACCUUGACGUGGCGUCUCUCUACGCAGACUCUCUUGUCUGUCUCUCGGCAUGGAAUCUAUGGGAUCUCAAGACGGGCCAACCGACGCCAGGUGCUCGCUCUUUAGAGGCGAAGACCGUGCUCGAAAAGGCUUUACAGCAGGACGGCUCACAUCUGCACCCAGGAGUUCUCCACCUGUACAUUCAUUUGAUGGAGAUGUCAGCAACGCCUGAAGUAGCCCUUAUCUGUGCAGAUCAGCUAAGACAUCUUACCCCCGACGGAGGACAUUUGCUACAUAUGCCGUCCCAUCUGGACAUCCUUGUUGGCGACUAUCGACGUGCCAUAGACGCUAACACCCAAGCCUGCCUUGCAGAUGAGAAGUAUGUCUCAGAGCAUGGAGCACAAAACUUCUACUCAUUUUACGUGAUGCACAACUAUCACUCGCUCAUAUAUGCAGCGAUGUUUGCGGGGCAGCUGAAGGUUGCGCUAGAUGCGGUCGACCGCAUGGAAGCCUCACUGCCUGUCUCGCUUCUGCGCAUCGAAAGUCCGCCCAUGGCAGACUGGCUGGAGAACUUUGCAUCAGUUCGUGUACAUGUCCUGGUUCGCUUCGGUCAAUGGCAAGAUCUCAUCGCACUCGAGAUGCCAUCGGAUAGAGAUCUUCACUGUGUGACAACAGCUAUGACGCAUUAUGGCAAAGGUAUUGCGUAUGCCGUUACUGGCGACAUCGUGAAGGCACAGAAGGAACGCGACGCUCUGGUCGAAGCAGUUGAACGUAUUCCAGCAUCUCGGAUAUGUGGGGAUUUUCCAAACAGGUCUAAUGUCGUCCUUCAAGUUGGGAUAGCAAUGCUGGACGGCGAACUUGAGUACCGCAAAGGCAACUAUGAGGAAGCCUUCAGACACCUUGAAACAGCCAUCCAGCGUGAGGACGAUCUGGUGUACGCCGAGCCAUGGCCCUGGAUGCAGCCGACACGACACGCCUAUGCCGCUCUGUUGUUGGAGCAGGGCCGAAUAGAAGAUGCGGCAGCGGCCUAUAAAGCAGACCUUGGGUUCGAUGAUACGCUACCGCGGGCAAGGCAACAUCCGAACAACGUAUGGGCCCUGCGCGGCUACCAUGAGAGUUUGAUAACCUUGGGUCGAAAAGACGAGGCGGGAAUCAUUGGGCAGCAACUCAGGAUAGCACUUGCUGUAGCUGAUGUUAGUGUCAAGGCAAGCUGCUACUGCCGACGCAUUCCUGAGUAG